ACUUCACUCCUGGUCUCUGAGGAGGGCAUGAGCUCUCGGAAUGAAGAGCAGGGAAGGCCUGGGAGAAGCUCUCCGGAGGAUGGAACAGCCCCUGUUGCUAUGGCUACUCCUUCUUGCAUCCACUGGCUGUGGGAGAGCCCUGCUGGAUCUAACUGGUGUCCAGGAAAUUGAAGGGACUUGGAAAGCAUCUGUUUGUGUGCCUUGUGUGUACACGCCCUCUGCUGGCUUCGAACAGGAAACUGUCUUGUGGAAAACCUCUCUGACAGAUCACAGCGUUAGGACCAUUUUUCGCCGGGAUCCUAUCUCUGGGGAUCAGACGCUCUUGACACAUUUCAAAAACAGAAUCCGUGUUCCAAAAGUCCCGCCUGGAGAUGUCUCCCUCCUAAUUGAGGAUCUGGAGAUGAGGGAUCGUGGACCGUACACCUGCGAAGUUGUCUGGGUGUCAAGAAACAAGAGCAGGAUGACAAAAGAAAGGACAACUGUCCUCAGCGUUGUCAAAGUUGCAGUGACCAAGCCCCUCAUCACAACUGAGAGCCCGGGGUCCAUGCUGCCCAGAGGGUGGAAUACAAGCUUGACCUGCCACACCCGUGGCUCCCCUCCAAUCACAUACCGAUGGUUCAGGGCACUGGAAAGAGGAAAUGAAGACCAAGUUGGUCAGAACGCUGUUCUCCGCUUUGACAGUCUGCAGGAAUCGGACACAGGAACAUACUUCUGUGAAGUAGAAAACCAAAUUAGCUCUGCUGUCCAGCGGAGUGAUGCCUUUCAGCUAACUGUGAAAGGAACAGUGACUGCAGAGUGGGAAGGCAGGGCAACCACUGCCAGCCCCCUCAGCACCAGAAGGUUCACCCCUACAGAAAAAGUCCCCAGAUAUUUCUUGAAUUGGACGUGGCAACCCUACCCAUGAGUUUGUCCUAACCCUAACUCCCAGCUGCCAUGACCGUGGGUUAUCUACAUGUGCAUAGUGAAGAGGAUAUUGGCACACCCAGCCCAGGGUUGCCAACUCCUGGUUAAGAAAUUCCUGGAGAUUUGGGGGUAGGGCCUGGGGAAGGCUGGGUUUGGGGAUAUUAUGCCAUAGAGUCCACCCUCUAAAAGCAGCCAUUUUCUCCAGGGGAACUGUCAUGUGGAGAUCAUUUGUAAUUCUAGGAGAUCUCCAGGGCCCAACUGGAGGUUGAAAAAACACCUGGAGCCUCCAUGCAACCCUUAGCGGCUUGCUCUAUAGAGAAAUUUCAAUUAUGACAGGGAAUGAAUUAUUAUUUUAAUUAUAUUUCAUCAAAAGUAGAUUCUCUUAUCCAUCCAAUGAGAACAGCAUAUUUAUUACAACAAGAAGCGGAAUAUCCCAAUGUUGAAUUCCUAUUUGUCCUUUUAAAUUUUGAGUCAAUUAAACUUUAAUAAGUCCAGUUCAAUAUUUUUUAGAUGAGAAUUUAAAUUUUAUGUUUAUUUCAAUUGUUGUGAGCCGCCCUGAGCCCAUUACGGGAGGGCGGGAUAUAAAUUUGAUAAAAUAAAAAUAAUAUUCCAAAUAUUAAGCCAAAUUCCAAUAUAAUGUGUAUAAUAGAAAGCAUUUCACUCAAUGCUUUUCCCAAGCUUUUCAUAGACAAGACAAAAUACAGGCAAGAAAUGCUCACAGCUGCAAUGUUUCCUCUCUCUCUAAAGAAAAUCUCUUGCCUGUAUUUUGUCUUGUCUAUGAGAAGCUUGGGGAAAGCAUCCCAGCUCCCACCUCUUUGAAAUUCAGUAAGGAGGGUUCAUUUGGAGAGUGACAUCAUGCAAAUAACAUCCAAAUUGCAUGGAAAAUGAAGCAAAAUGGAGAUAUGUUUGCUGUUGAAGCCAAUAGUAAACCCAUACAUGAAGCAAAUGAAAUUUUGGGGAAAGAAAUUGUAUUUGAAAUAUUUGGACACUUAUAGACCCAAGUAACGAAGGCUGGGCUUAGGACAGGAGGGCUUUUGUAUCAUCUCCAAUAACAGAGAAGCCAAGCCAUUUUUGCAUGCGACAUGUUCUGGGGAUUCCGAAAAUCUAGGCAGGUGUUUCAGGAUACUAUUAAAGUGUUUUUAGUCA